GUGCAGGCAAAUUUUGUGAAACAUCUUCACUCAGUGAGGAACGGGUUGGUCGGGAUGAUAAACAAAUGAUUCUAUACAAUCAGUUCCAGAUCAGCCGAAUCUACCCCAAAUUUUUACGCGUGACUUCAACCAAUUUUGAUCCAAUACCAAAGUGGAAUGUAGGCUGUCAGAUGGUUGCCUUGAAUUAUCAAACACCAGACAAGCCCAUGCAGAUCAACCAGGCCAUGUUUGCACAGAAUGGAAGGUGCGGCUAUGUCCUCAAGCCACGUUUCAUGAACAGCUCCCACUACAACCCAUCUGAGAUCACGUCUCUGAAAAAGGAUGUGGAAGCUGUAGUUCUGACAGUUACAGUCCUAGGAGGGAGAAACUUGGGCAGCAUGUUAUCAGCAGUUGGAGUCAUGCAACCUUUUGUCAUGGUUGAAGUCCUAGGUUUACCUUUGGAUUGUCAGACACAACGAACAAAGAUAUCCCAAGACAAAAAUGUCCUCAACCCAGUGUGGAAGAAUGAGGUAUUUGUCUUCCAUAUCUCAUGUCCAGACUUAGCUUUUAUCAGGUUUGAAGUAGGCAGUGAGGUCAGCCAAGCUGCAUGCCUGGGCCAGGCCACGUUUCAUCUGAAAAGCAUUCGCCAAGGGUAUCGCAGUGUACCUCUUCAGAAUGUUUACAGUGAGGCUCUGGCCUCAUCCUCCUUGCUUGUUCACAUCAACAUCAGAAAUCCAAAGGAAGAGGAAGAAAGAAAUAUGUUUCGCAUUGUAGAGGAAACUAGAAAGCUUUACAUGGAACUCAGCAUGUCAGUGCAGAAUGACAAGAAGAGAGAGCAACUACAGCAGACAGAACAGAAACUUCUAGAAUACCUUAAGCGAAGUCGGCAGAAUGGGUAUAGAAAAACAUGGAGACACUAG